AUGGAAAAUGACUUAACAUUUGUUUGUAUCAGUGAUACUCAUUGUUACAAUAUUCCCCUACCUCAAGGAGAUGUCUUAAUACAUUGUGGAGACUUUACAAAAAGUGGAUAAAAAGAAGAAACAUUAUCUUUCAUUUAAUGGUUGAAGAAAUAGCCAUUUAAAUAUAAAAUCGUAAUAGCUGGAAAUCACGAUAUAUCUAUGGAUACAGAAAACUAUGAAUCGAAGCUUAAAUAAAUACAUCAUAAAGUUUGUAAUUUCGAUGCUUAAGAAUUGCUUUAGCAAUUAAAAGAUAAUUGCAUUUAUUUGGUUAAUUAAUCUGUUAUUAUUGAUGGAAUNCAAUCUAAAAUCAAUUUUUUUAUUUUUCAUUUCUAAUCACAACAUUAUUUCAUCUUCUCUUCUUUCCAUUAUUAUUAUAUAUAUUCGUUUUAAUUAAUAUUUUUAUUAAAUUACAAUCUAUUCUUUUAAUAAUAUUUUUAGAAAAUUCAAUUAAUUUUAAACAGAAAAAAUAUUAAAAGAACCAAAAUAUAUGUAUUAAAUUAAACAGAAUAUCAUUUUUAAGGAAUAUUGAAAUUAGUACCUUUACCAAAUUAUCAGGUUAUAAAUUAAAGAGAUGUAAAAUUAUACAGAACUUGA